UUUCAGGUGUGCGAUGGGGGGGGGGGCGUGUCAGGUUGUGGGCGGGGGGCGUGGCCAGCAGACAACCUGCAGCAGGUGAACACAAGGUGAUGUCUGGAUCAGACACGCCCCCUUCCAACGCCCUCCACCAUGUGACCACCGAGGAACCCCCGCCUGCGUCUGUGUCAGAUCCGUUGGCGAGUGACGGCCGCCGGGACCAAGAUGGCGACCUGCCAGGGGGGCGUGACCGGCUGGAGAGCCGCUGGCUGCUGUGGCACGCCUUCAUGAAGGAACACGCCCACGUGGACGCUUGGCUGCGAUUGGCCGAAGAGGCCGUGGGCUCCCAGAGCUGGACCCGGGUGACGUACGCGAGCGCUGAGGAGGAGCUGAGGAGGUUUGAGAGGCUGCGUUGCGAGGCGGGAUCUCGGCUGGUGCAGCUGGACGGGAUGACCCAGAGGAAUCGAACGCUGACUCUGCUGUUUCAGGGCGCCAUGCGGGCCCGUCUGCUGGCGGCGGCGAGGGAGUGCGGCCAGCGAUGGGACGACGUCAACGUCCAGCUGGAGUCCGUCACGGGACGGCUGCAGAAGUUUGUGCGCCAGUGGGAGGAGUUUGAGACGGAGAGGGAGGAGCUCGCUUUCUGGUUGGCUGAGCUGGAAGUCCAUCUCACACAGGUCCAGCAGCUGGCAGGGAACACCUGUGAGAAGCUCAAACAACUACAGUCCUUACAGCAGCGCCUGUGCGUGAACUCCGGGCGGGUCAACAGCCUGCUGGAGCGCGGCGAGGCGCUCAUCCAACUGGGCGAGCCCUGUGACGCGCAGCGUGUGGAGCGCCACCUGCUGGACCUGCUGAGGAGCUGCAGUCACGUGUACGACGACAUCGGACGCACGCACACCCGGCUGCUCAGCAUGAGACUGGUGUUUGAGGAUGACAUCAUGCUGACUCCGCCUCCAGAUUCCGGCUGUCCGUCAGAGACCCUGCUGGAGGGGGACCUGCCAGGCGGUCCUAAAGGUCUCCGUCCUUCCCAUGAGCACCUGGGACUGGAGUGGGACCCCUCGGUGGAUGUCGGACGGUCCGUGUCCUGCAGCGGCGACUCCUGCUACUUCAGCUCCAGCACAGGUGGGAGGCGCCAGGAUGGGGAGAUGACGUCGUUGGUCACUUCCUGCUUGACGAGGCGGAGCUACAUCGGCUCCCUCAGCUCCGACUCCAGCGAUGACGCGGUCAACCAGGAGGCGGAGCCGGACUGGGACGCCUCUCCGCCGCGUCGCAGCGGGAAGGCCGCUGCUCGCCAUCCCUUGAGCUACUUGGCGACGUCCACGCCGGAAGAGAAGAAUGGCGCGUCCGUCGGCUUUGACGGCCGCGUGAGGGCGUGGCUCGGAGGCCAGAGCCCCGCCCCUCUUUCCUGCUGCAAAGCUGUGCAGACUGAUGGACAGUUCAGUGCCGCCAACAAACUGGACCCUCUGCUUCCCGGCGUCGCCGACAGUCCAAGUUGCCACGACAACAACGCCCGUGUCCCGGACCCCUGGCCGGAUUGGACGAGGGAGUCACAGACUAAAAGUGAAGAAGAGGAGGAAAAGGUGUCGCGUUUUGAUGAAGCCGCGUGUCUUCUUCCCAAACAAAGCAGCAGCAGCAGCAGCAGAGGGGCUCCUUGGGGACCCCCACCCGCCCGCCUCCUGCUCGUCGCCCUCCUCGCCCUGCUGGCCUGCGUCCUCUGGUGCUCCACGGAGCCGUCGUGUCGCCGCGGCAUCAGCCGGACGCAGCGCAACUUCCACCUGAGCUACGUCAACGGAGCCCCGCCCACUUGAGACGAAGGACUUUCAGCCAAUUAGCGCGUGUAAUAGGAAGUACAAAAAUGGUCCAAUGGAAGACAUAAGCUAAUAGUUAGCCAACUAGCUUACUUCAAGAACAUUGAUUUUGAGUUUGUUUUUUAUAAUUAGAAGAUGUGUUUUGUAAAAUGUUUUUUGUACGAAAUAUCGAAUAAAAUGUACAGUAAGAUUGCUUUAA